AUGGAUGCUGAAGAGCCAUCCAUGUCUGUCAAAGAUUCACAUACUUUGAGUGAAGAGAAUGGAGUUCUACCAUUAACAUCCACAAAUGAUGUUUCUACUGCAAGCACAUCCCAGGAAACUAAGUUAAUAGAGAUUCCAUCUGACAAUGGAGCUCAAUCAAGUGAUACAUUCAAAGUCAAUACUAGCCUCAUACCAAAGGCUCAUCUGGAAGACCAAGCCAAUGAUGAACUAUUGGCACUUGGCCUCACUGUGUUUAACCAAGAUGAGUUUGAAGAAAAUGUCAUGGCUCAGGUUGAUGAAGCAAUUGUCAAAGAGGAGGAAGAGAAAAGGAAAAAGAUUCUCACUGGUCAGAUAAAGACAUCUGAGGAAGAUCUUCGCUUUGUAAAGCAAGAACUGUCUCGUUUAAACAAGGUGUUGUUGUCCAUGAAAGGAAAGGCCAGAGAAAAGGAAAUUCGAAAACUUGAUUCUGUUAAACAGCAGAAAGAGAAAAGGAUGAAAGAAAUAAAAGCCAAAUUAAAGGCUUUACAUCUGAGUGUAUAUGGACAUGCAGAUGGACUUGAUGCAGAUGAAGAACUUGUUCAACAAGAAACACAAGAACUAUCUGUUUUGCAUCAAAUGUUAACAUUUGGCAAGUCAGAACAGGAAACAGAACAAGAAAAAAUGAUAAGAACCGGAGAGAUGACACCAUUUGGUUCUGUAACCAAACCUGUAAAAGAAGCUCCGAAACGUAUUUCACUAACUACCGAGUCUGACAUGUCACUCUUUGACCAAUUCUUGAUGGAAAAAGAACAGGCCACAGCAAAAGCCAGGAUGUCAACACCUGUAAAAAAUAAAGAAAAAAGUUCAACUGCCACAUUAACCACUUUAAAAAAGAAAGAGUCAUAUCUACAAGAUUCCAGAUUUUACCCUAACAGCUCUAAAAAGAAAAAGUUCAAUCAAUUUGAUGAGCGGAAAAAAAUUCAAACUGAGCCUUCCGUGAAAGCAAAUAAUAUACCAACAAUAAAAGGAGAUGAUGCAAGUGAUAGUAAUGAUAGUUUUGAGGAGAGAAAUCGUUAUAAGGAUUGUCGUGAUGGGAGAGGAUAUAAUGACAGUGAUGAUGACUGGCUACCUGAUGAACCCCUUCCCAUGAGAAGAGGUUCUAAAAGGAAACAUCCUACUCUCAAAAGGAAAAAACCCCAAAAAGCAGAAGAUUUUAGUUGUUCUGAAGAUGAAGAUGAAGAGAGUAAUCGAGGCAAAUGCCGUUUGGCAGGAAAUGCUUCUAUAAAGAGGACACGUGAUGAUGGCAAUCUGAAAUAUUUCCAGUCAAGAUUAAAAAAAAACCAUGUACGGGAAGAAUUUAUAAAAGCAAAUUGUGAGGAAGAAAAUUCAGAAUCUGACUCAGAUGCAGAAUUUGAUGGUGGUUUAAAAGUACCAAAAAAACUUUGGAAAAAACUUUAUAAGUACCAAAAGACAGGUGUGCGUUGGUUAUGGGAGCUACACUGCCAGGAAGCUGGAGGCAUUGUGGGAGAUGAAAUGGGAUUAGGUAAAACAAUACAAACAAUUGUGUUCUUGGCAGCUCUCAGCAAUAGCAAACUCAGGGAUGCAAAUUUAAAUUAUACUGGCUUAGGCCCAUGUGUAAUUGUUUGCCCAACAACUGUUAUGUACCAAUGGGUUCGGGAGUUUCACACUUGGUGGCCACUUUUCAGAGUUGCAGUUUUACAUGCUACAGGAUCUUUCACUUGUAGUGAGGAAAAAUUAAUCUAUAGUAUUAACAACUACAGUGGCAUCUUAAUAACAUCCUACAAUAAUUUGGUAAUGCACCAGGACCACAUUCUCAAGCACCAGUGGCAUUACAUUAUCCUUGACGAAGGGCACAAGAUUCGCAAUCCAGACGCUCAGGCUACAUUAGCUUGUAAAAUGUUUCGCACACCCCACAGAAUAAUUCUCUCUGGAUCUCCUAUACAGAACAACUUGAAAGAGUUAUGGUCCUUAUUUGAUUUCAUCUUUCCAGGCAAAUUAGGUACUUUGCCUGAUUUUAUGCAGCAUUUUUCUGUUCCAAUUGUUCAGGGUGGCUAUUCUAAUGCAUCUGAAGUACAGGUAAAGACAGCCUAUAAGUGUGCAUGUGUUUUAAGGGACACAAUUGGCCCUUAUCUUCUACGGAGAAUGAAAUCAGAUGUAAAAGUCAACCUUGAUCUCCCUGGCAAAAAUGAACAGGUUCUGUUCUGUCGACUUACAGAUGAGCAACGUGAAGUGUAUCAAGAAUAUUUGGAUUCUAGAGAAUGUCAGAACAUACUGGAUGGACGCUAUAAGGUUUUUGCUGGGUUGAUAACAUUGCGCAAAAUUUGCAACCACCCUGAUAUCAGCACUGGUGGUCCACGUAUUUACAUUGGAGAAGACACAAAAGAUGAUGAAACUCUUAAUUAUGGCUACUGGCGAAGGUCAGGAAAGAUGAUUGUUGUUGAAAGCCUUCUUCGCCUGUGGAAAAAUCAGGGACAUCGAGCUCUCUUAUUUUCUCAGAGUAAAUCUCUGCUGGAUAUUAUGGAAAGUUUCACACAAGAAGAAAAUUAUACUUACCUGAGAAUGGAUGGCACCACACCUAUUUCUUCCAGACAACUUUUAAUUAAUAGAUAUAAUGAGGACAAUUCAAUUUAUUUGUUUCUGUUGACAACUCGAGUUGGAGGACUUGGUGUAAAUUUAACAGGUGCAAACCGAAUCAUUAUUUAUGAUCCUGACUGGAACCCAAGUACAGAUACACAAGCAAGAGAACGUGCGUGGAGAAUUGGACAAAAAAAACAAGUAACAAUCUAUCGACUCCUCACCUCAGGAACAAUCGAAGAAAAGAUCUACCAUAGGCAAAUUUUUAAGCAGUUUUUGAGCAACAGGAUAUUAAAAGAUCCAAAACAACGACGUUUUUUCAAGUCUAAUGAACUCCAUGAAUUAUUUACACUAACUGAUGACAGUUCAAAAGGUACAGAGACUGGAGCUCUGUUUGCAGGAACCGGAUCAGAAGUGAGAGUAAAACCUAAGAAAGUAAACAGAUUUGAUAUGAUGAAGGCAUCUGAAGAAACAAAGAAAGUUCCUGAGAAAAUUGAGUUGAGUCUAAAACAAAAGGAAAGAAUGCGUCAGUUGGCUAAGAAGUUGAGUCAAAAAAUUGGACAGUCCAAAGAAAAGAAAAGUAACUCUAUAACUUCUGAUGAGAAGGCUAAAUCUUCAGAUGAAGCCUGUCCUGAUCAGGUCAAUGGAAAUUUAUCUACAGAGGCUGAAAUGUUUGAGGAAAGUAUAAAAGAGAAAAGAUUUCAUAUAAAAACAACAGAUGAACCCCAACCUGGGACAAGUGGCCAAAAUUUUUACAAUCAAGAGAAAUAUAGAGAGAAUGGCAAACACAAGCAUCAUCAUAAACACAAGAAAUCAAAAAAGAAAAAAAAGAAAAAAGAUAUUUAUAUGGAUGGAGAGUUGAUAUCCAAUUUGGUGAAGCAGACGGAUUACAAACCUGUUCAAAAUGAUGAAGAUGAAGAGGAAAAGCAGGCUAAGAAUUCUAUAAUGGAUGACUAUGUAUUGCAUCGUCUUUUCAAGAAAUCAGGUGUUCAUAGUGCUUUGAAACAUGAUGUGGUCAUGGACGCAUCAAAAGCUGAUUAUAUCCUCAUCGAAGCUGAAGCUGAUCGUGUAGCAAAGCAAGCAGCAAAUUCUCUCAAGCGGGUGAGGUCUGAAUCCAACAGAGCACUUUCUGGCAUUCCUACUUGGACGGGACAGAGUGGAGGAAGUAACAAACCAAGAUUUGGUCAGAAAAAGAAUUCAAUGCUUGUAUCCAAUAUUAUUAAGCCCACAGCAACAUCAUCUACUCCACCAAGUACUCCUUCUAAAAACAUCAAACAUUUUGAUGGUCAUGUGUCCGGAAACCAAUGUCUACUUGACAAACAAAAGAAAUCUACAAUGGCAGCUAUGUCCUCACAAGAAUUGCUCAAUCUCCAGCACAGAAUAUUUCAUAUUAACAUUAUUCACAUCAUGGUUAUUGGAACAGAAACAUUUCUCUUUUGA